AUGGUUAAUGAGAAAUUUGAUGGAAUUUUUUUAUCUCUUGCCCAACAAAUGGAAAAUGGUGUUCCAGAGUUAUUUGAUGUUUUGUUUAAUUUUUUAUCCCGUAAAACAGAUUUUUUUACCGGAUCAUCUGUUGAAAAUGCACGAAAUAUUGUGUUGAAAGCUUUUGAAAAACAUGCAGCUGAAGCUAGAAAGAAUGCUGAAAAAAUUCAAAAAGAAAAAGCUGAGAAGGAAAAAAAGUUAGCUGAAAAGAGGGCAGCAAAAAAAGCUAAGGAAGAUGAGGAAUUUUCAAAGGUACAAGAAAUCACAGAAGAAGAGGCUGAACGAUUUGAGGAAGAACAAAGAAAGUUAAAAGAAAAACAAUCUCAGCCUGUUCAAGAAAAUGAGAAUAAUGAUGAUGGAGAGGAAACUGAAGAGGACAAAAAUAAAUUGACACCAAAUUCAGGUAAUGGGUGUGAUCUUGAUAAAUAUCAAUGGACGCAAACUUUGAGUGAAAUUGAAAUUAAAGUUCCUUUUAAAGUAUCAUUUCCACUUAAAUCAAGAGAUAUUAUUGUUGAAUUUGGAAAAAAGAGCUUAAAAGUGGGUUUAAAAGGCCAUGAAUUAGUAAUUAAUGGAGAUCUCAAAGCUGAAGUGAAGUUGGAUGAUUGCACAUGGCUUCUUGAAGACAAAAAAACAGUCAUAAUUACAUUGGCAAAGAUACAUAAUAUGGAGUGGUGGUCUCAAUUAUUAGUAACUGAUCCUGAAAUAAACACUAAAAAGAUUGUACCUGAAAAUUCGAAACUUUCAGACUUAGAUGGUGAAACUAGAGCUAUGGUUGAGAAGAUGAUGUAUGAUCAAAGGCAAAAAGAGAUGGGUUUACCAACAUCAGAUGAAAAGAAAAAGCAAGAUAUUUUGAAAAAUUUUAUGAAACAACAUCCAGAAAUGGACUUUUCUAAUGCUAAAUUUUCUUAA